AUGGGAUCUGUGUUCAUGGAUUGCCUUGACGGAUCCCCUGGGCAGUUCAGGAACUUCAAGAAGGACGAUUUUGAGGCUGAUUGGAUUAAGGUGGCAGAAUGCAGAUUUGGUCAGGUGUACCAGGUCAGGCUUAAGCGCCAGCAGGAAAAAUGUGCCUUGAAGAGCUUUCACACAACGUUAUGUGCAAACAACAUUUACAGAACAAUAGACGAGGCGUCCAACAUAGCCAAAGUGAAAUUCAAAAACAUUGUGUCCAUCUACGGACUGUGCAGUGAGGCGUCUGCUGUGGUGAUGGAGCACAUGAGUAAUGGAUCGCUGAACAAUCUCCUAGCCAGUCACACUUUGAUGUGGCCAAAGAAGUUCCAGAUGAUUCAUGAGGCCUCUAUGGGAAUGGAUUUCCUUCACAGCAUGACACCUCCACUACUCCAUCUUAACCUCAAGACAUCCAACAUCCUACUAGACAAUUGUCUCCACGUCAAGAUUUCAGAUUUUGGUUUAAUCCACUGGGAGGAGGGCAUGAACAGUAAAUUGUUCGUGGAGCAUCUGACAGCAAGAGGGAACAUAAGUUACAUUCCUCCAGAGACGUUCAGUCAGUGCCCCGAUCCUCCAGGAACUACCUUUGAUGUGUACAGCUUUGGAAUAGUGAUGUGGGAGAUUCUGUCUCAGCAGAAACCAUAUGCAGGGUGCAGUACGACCACAGUGCUUUUACAGGUGUCACAUGGUAAGAGACCCUGUGUGGAGAUGAUACCCGAACAGAAGCCACGUGAGAUAAUCGACAUCAUGAGGCAGUGCUGGGACCAGGAUCACAGGAAGAGGCUACAGUUCUCAGACACUGUGAGGAAAACGGAAGCUCUGAGUAAAGUCCUGAAGUUCCCAGGACCAAUCCAAUGUCACAAAAACGGGGAAGAGGGACAGGAAUUAGAACAUCCUUGGCUGGUUCACCCAAUGCAUAAACCGAGAGGAACUGCAGAUACGGGGGAUAAUUCUCUCAUUCUCUCUCUGCUGUGCAAAAAGGACUUCGGUAGUUUCAGAAAGUCUGUGAAAAGAGAUCAUGUUUACACACAGUUUUCAGGCGAGACGAGCCUCCUCCACUACACGGUAGCCAGCGGUGAUGUAGAGAGUGUCGAGCACGUCCUGAGACUGGGUGCUGAAGUCAACUGUAUGACUGCCAGAGGUUACACUCCUCUUAUUAUUGCUGUUGUACACAGGCUUUAUGACAUCAUCUCAUUGUUGCUGGAACAUGGUGCAGCUGCCGCCCAGGGAGAUGAGGACCAGUGGACAGCGCUCCAUUUUGCUGCUCAGAACGGAGACGACAGGACUGUCCGACUUCUGUUGGACAAAGGAGCAGUGGCGGAUGCCCGGGAAAAAACCGGUUGGAUGGCCCUCCACCUAGCCUGCCAAAAUGGCCAUGAAACAGUGGUGCGCCUGCUGCUUUCACGGCUGUCAGAGGAAGCAAUCGGAGAACGGGAGGCACAAGGGAGGACGCCGCUCCACCUAGCCUCCGCCUACGGGCAUCCGAAUAUUGCCAAGCUCCUCCUCUCCAAGGGAGCAGAUCCCAACGCUGCUGACUGCUCUCUCUCCACUGCUCUUCACCUAUCAGCUGAGGAAGGCCAUAACAGAAUAGUCAGACAGUUGGUGAAGAGUGGGGUGAAUAUUAACAGUGCAGACAGCAUAGGAUACACUCCACUUCACCUGGCUGCUCUGAGAGGCCAUACAGGCAUAUGCAGACAGCUGUUGUCAAACGGGGCCUGCCCAGACUCCAAGACCCUCCAAGGCUGGACACCCAUGCACCUGGCUGCCUUAAGGGGACAUGGAGCCACGGUGGUCCAGCUGGAGAGUCAGGGUGGUUGUGUGAACGCUGGAGGUGAGAAUGGAUGGAGCCCGCUCCACCUUGCCUGCCACCAGGGUGAGCCGGAAGUGGUGGCAAAACUCCUGGCAGCCAAAGCCGACCCAAACGUGUCGGAGGACAGCGAAGGAUGGACGCCACUGCAUGUAGCUUGUACAAGUGCCAGUUUACCAAGUGUCCUCCACUUGAUAUCACAUCAUGCAGAUGUCAAUGCAGUAAACUCAGGAAAGGUGGCACCUUUACACCUGGCUGCCCAGAAUGGCUGUAUGCCUAUUGUAAAGGCUCUGCUGCUGAAUGGAGCAGACAGGACUCUGAUGGACGGUUCUGGAUCCACAUCUCUAGAUGUGGCCCAGAGGUGUGAAAAAUGGGAAAUAGUGGAACUACUGCAGAAGUAG